CUAUUAUUUUAUUUCUAAUACAGAUUUGUACAGAGCAUCAUGAUACCAGGAGCAGACCCACUGGGAUGUAUCUGCCAAAGAUACAUACAACAAAAAGGAGAGAGGAGAGACAGAAAGAAAAGCUCACACGAAGACUGCUGGAAGAACUGCUGAAAAUAUUCACAGACACAAACUCGUUCUAUUUCAGCAGCAGCUACGACCUCACCAGCUCACUACAGAGGCAAUGCACCUUGGGAAAGCAAAACCUCCCACUCUUGCAACAAGUAGAUGACAGGUUUUUCUGGAAUAAGUAUAUGAUGAAGGAUGUCAUUGAGCUCCAGGACCCCAGAGUCAAUGAUUGGGUCACCCCGAUUAUACAGGGCUUUGUUGCCAUCGAGCUGAUCAUGCUGAGCGAUGCUGCUGGUUGGGAUGAGCGCAGCAGACUCCCGGAACUCUUCCUCCAGGGGGGGUGUUCUGACAGCUUCCUUAUAGCACUGAUCUCUCGCAGAAGCAGGCACAGAGCAGGUAUGAGAUACAAGUGUAGAGGAGUUGAUAGCAAAGGGCAUGCAUCCAUCUAUGUGGAAACUGAGCAGAUUGUCUACUGCAGGGGACACACUACUGCUCUGGUGCUCGUUCGGGGGUCUCUACCUGUGAUCUGGAGCCAACCUGGCUAUCGAUACAACCCCCUGCCUGUACUAAACAAGAAUGAAACAGAAACCCAAGCUGCUUUCAAGGCACACUUUGAUGACCAGCUAAAGAAUUAUAACAAGCAGGUUAUAAUUAACCUAGUUAAGCAAGGAGGACCAGAGAAGAUUGUUGGCGAUGCCUUUCUGAGACACGUAUUAUUGUACAACAGUGCAGACCUUACCUAUGUAUCCUUUGACUUUCAUGAGCACUGCCAUGGCAUGAAGUUUGAAAAUGUGAAGCUCCUCACAGAAGGCAUAGCUCAUAUAAUUAAUGACAUGAAAUGGUUCUGGAUUGCACAAGGCAAGGUGAUCAGCAGACAGUUAGGGACAGUGCGAGUAAACUGCAUUGACUGUCUGGACAGGACCAACGUAGUUCAAGCUGCCAUAGCUUAUGGUAUUUUAGAGAACCAGUUAAAGGCAUUAGAAGCCCUUUCCCAAGGGAGCAGUCUGCCCUACGGCAGUAAAAGAGCUAUUCAGGUCAUGUGGGCUGACAAUGGAGACGCUAUCAGCAGGCGAUAUGCGGGAACUAACGCAAUGAAGGGUGACUUAAUUCGCACUGGUGAGCGUAAUAUUGCUGGGGUUUUGAAGGACGGCUACACUUCUGCAAAUCGAUAUUAUCUGAACUGCUUCCUAGAUUCCUAUAGGCAAGCAGUCACUGAUGCGAUGCAGGGGAUCCCAGUAAAAGAUGACCUGCACACAGUGUACUUCAAAGAGGAAAGCACCACUGCCUUCAUCAAGAGCCAGACCCAAUUGCCCAGUUGUGAAGUUGAUGCCAUUAUCGAGCACUACAGAGAAAUCUUGAUACCUUCUAACGAGCAGUUCCUGGACGGUUGGCAUCUUAAAGUCCAUGAUCCAAGCUUGAAAUGUGCAACAGUCAAAGACCUAGAUGUGCUGUUGAUGGUGACCAACAGAGCCUGCCAUUUGGCUUACUGUGAUGAAGAUGCUGUGACAGUAGUUCAGCACCAGAGCAUUCUGCUGGAGGACCUGGAAAAGACUGAAUUAGGUCCUGAGCCAAAUGAGAAAAAAACAAUCAUGCCCUGUUUGAGAUUGCAUUACUGCUUCAAAGGAAAAAGUGGCUACUUCCAUACGCUCACUCAAGAAACACAGGAGGAUUCAACAGAGAGCCUUCACCAUAUUGCAGAGAGGCUCCAACGUGCCAUGAGAGAAGCUGUUGGAAAAGAGCUUCUGAUUAUGACACAGUGCCUGGAUAGGAAAAACAGCGCCCUCCAUGAUAUACCUACAGUACAACUUUCAGAGAAAGACCUGGAAAAAGCUCAACGUCUUUACCACAACCUGCUGGAAGACAUAUGUUUGCCAGAAAACCCUGAAGAGACACACAAAGGUCCUCAUGGAGCCUUUGAACUUAAUGAGAAAUUUAAGUACUACGAUCAUGAAGAACUGAGCGACUCUGACGACGACCUUUGUGCAAGCUCCCAUUUAUACAGCAAAUCACCUCUUACAGAUUUAGGGGGUUCCUAUAGAUCGGCAGCCUCAAGUUCCUUCAUCCCUUGUGCGUUACCCAAAGCUAAAUCUUGUAAAUCUCAUUUCAAUAUUCAAAUUUCAGAAGGCAAUGAAGACCAGUUGAAGACCUUGGUUGUGUUGCCUUUUGCAGACUGCAGCGAGUUAGCUUCUUCAACUUCUAGAGAAGAGCUGGCUCCUGGGACACCAGAAACCGCAGAGCCGGGCAGAUUGCUGCUUCACACAGCUUCUGUGGCAUCUGCUUCCAAACCAGGCGCAGAGGCUGUGCUCAGUGAGGCAGAGAUCAAUAAAAUGGUCAAGAACUGUAAAACACGGAUUAUACAGAUUUAGGGAUUCAUUUUGUUCAAUGCAUUUUGUGGACUUGUGUUUGGCUUUAUUUUGUUUUGUUUUUUAUUCCAUGUAGGGGAAUGCAAACCAAGGCUUGAAGCGGGGGCAGGGAGAAUGUGCUGAA